CGUCACCCGGUGAAGUUAGAUUAAUGCUACGGCACCCUACAUCAUUGCGCUCUGUUUCACAUUGUUUUUCACUUCUCUCUCUACUCUCAUCUGCCAGUUUGAAGCUUUUUUCUUGUCAAUCGUUCGAUAAUGGUUGCAUUGCGCUACUAAAAGUUUCUUCGCUUUCGCCUAUAGCAUUUUCAAUUGCAUCUAUCUCCCAGUCAUGCAGACGGCCGUGGCCAGGCGGCUUGCCGGGCUUCCCGUCUUCCAGAAUGCCUCGUCGCUUUCUCGUCCUUUGAGUAGGCAACGAUUCUUCUUGCCUGCCAGACCGUCUGGAUGCCGACCUAUAUCCAUUUACCAUGUGCAGCCCGUCUCUCGUUUACGCCAAGCGGCCCAAAAGCCGCUCUGUCCUGCUAGCCAAGGCGUCCGCUACAUGUCAGAUGAGAAGAAGAGUAUAUGGCGCCGCCCGGUGUUAAGAGUACUGUAUCAUUUGUUUGCAUACUGUGGGCUUAUUAUUGUCGGCGGUGGUGCCGUGGUCGCAGGCGUCUUCAUCUAUGAUGCGACAACAUAUCGCGAAGAUCCCAGCAUGGAAGAUAUCCCUGUGUCAGAAUUGGCAUUGAAUCCUAAGCGCGGAGGUCCUAAGAACUUGCCGAUUGCGGAGAUACUGGUGGACGAUGAAGAUUGUGAGAACAUGCAGGAACAGCGCGACAAGCCAAAGCUGGUUAUCCUGGGCACUGGUUGGGGUAGUGUCGCUCUGCUGAAGACCUUGAAACCUGGAGACUAUCACGUCACGGUGGUUUCGCCUGUCAACUACUUCCUUUUUACGCCAAUGCUUCCAUCUGCGACUGUUGGUACACUGAGCUUAAAGUCUCUUGUCGAACCCAUACGACGCAUCGUUCACCGCGUGCGCGGCCACUUCUUGAAGGCUGAGGCGGAGGAUAUCGACUUUUCCUCAAAAUUAGUAGAAGUUUCGCAACUAGACGCGAACGGAAAGCGCCAGCACUUCUAUUUGCCCUAUGACAAGCUUGUCAUCGCUGUUGGAUCGACUACAAAUCCGCACGGCGUUAAGGGACUUGAGCAUUGCAAUUUUUUGAAAACAAUAGACGAUGCGCGACAGAUUAAGAACAAAGUGACGGAAAAUAUGGAGCUCGCAUGCUUGCCCACGACGUCGGAUGAGGAACGCAAGCGAUUGCUUUCUUUCGUCAUCUGUGGCGGCGGUCCAACGGGCGUGGAGUUUGCAGCCGAACUAUAUGAUCUUCUCAAUGAAGAUUUAAGAGUAAAUUUCCCGAAGAUUUUACGGAAUGAAAUUUCUGUGCAUCUCAUUCAGAGCCGGGGUCACAUUCUGAACACCUACGAUGAGGCCCUUUCAAAAUAUGCAGAGGCACGUUUUGCUCACGACCAAGUGGAAGUUUUAACCAAUUCAAGAGUCAAGGAGGUAAAGUCAGACAAGAUCCUGUUUACACAGGUGGAGGAUGGCGUGACCGUGACGAAAGAGAUACCGACAGGAUUUUGCCUGUGGUCAACUGGAGUCUCGCAAACCCCAUUUGCACAAAAAAUCGCCAAGAAAAUCGAAACACAAAACAACAAACAUGCAUUAGAAACAGAUUCUCACUUGCGAUUGAUUGGAGCACCUAUGGGCGAUAUCUACGCUAUUGGCGAUUGCUCCACCGUUCAGAACAACGUGGCUGCGCACAUGAUUACUUUCCUACGCACCAUCGCCUGGGAGAAAGGCAAAGACCCUGAAAAGGUACACCUGACAUUUAGUGAAUGGCGAGAUGUAGCAGAGCGGGUGAAGAAGCGAUUCCCCCAAGCUGCAAACCAUCUUCGACGCUUGGAUCGAUUGUUCCAGGAAUACGACAAGGAUCAUUCUGGAACCCUCGACUUUAACGAAUUACACGAACUAUUACUGCAAAUCGACUCUAAACUCACCUCACUUCCCGCUACAGCGCAACGCGCCAAUCAACAGGGUGAGUAUCUCGGUCGCAAAUUCAACCAGAUUUCCAAGACCCUGCCGGGAAUGAAAGCCAACGAGAUUGAUUACGGUGACCUUGACGAGGCAGUUUACAAAGCCUUCAAAUACAAGCACUUGGGCAGCUUGGCCUAUAUUGGAAACGCAGCCAUCUUCGACUUCAACGGCGUCAACUACAGCGGUGGCCUUCUAGCCGUGUACCUUUGGCGCAGUAUCUACUUUUCGCAAAGUGUCAGCCUGCGCACACGUAUCUUACUGGCAAUGGACUGGACAAAGAGGGCCUUUUUUGGCAGAGAUAUCAUGAGUUUUUGAGCCUAUCUGUAUAUACGAUUUUAAUAUUUUUGCAACGGAUACAAUCUAUGAAAGAUUUGCUAGUCUUGGAUGUGAAUAGUUGGAGGUUUACUUUUCAGUAAUUUGGCGUUUUGCAUUGAUGCAUCGAAUUGUUAAAGAAUAUUUUAAUUCCUCCAUGAUCGCUCGUAUCGAUUCGUUCCUAGUAUGAUCUUUAAAUUCGGUGGCGUCAAGUAUAAAUCAAAUCAUUUGAUAGAUUGAACGAGGUAGAGAAUGAAGAUAUAUAG